GAUGCCAGCAAUCUCCUCGUGUGCUUUCUACAAACCUUGGGGUCUGCCCAUGCCGAUUAAUCCGAGCAGCGGCCACAAAAAUUACAGCUCAAGCAUAGCCGUUCCCACUUUGUAGUUAUCACUACGAACAGUGUGUGAUCUAUAAUAAGUGCCCCAUUUCUCAAAAAGGGACCGCGUUACUGUUUCCACCCGAGCUGCAACAGUGUGCAGCAGGCUGAAGCCCUGUUUAUCACCUUGACUAGCAUAAUAUCAUUUUAGGAUAUCGCGGCGUGCAGAAUCUUCCGGCUUAAGCGCGGAGCCUGUUGCUUCAUCCGUCGAUCAGCGUGGACUACCACUUCAAAGGGCGUCUACGGCAGGGGUGCUGAGCGCCCAUGACACGCCAUAGGAAUAGAGGGCCGCGAGCCCUAGUUCCCGUGGGCUUGGUAGUUUUGCUUGCAGUUCUUGCGCUGGCGGGCGGCAUUUCCGUCGCGCACGCAUCAUCUGAUAAGCACCGCAGCAGGCGGCUCUUAUCCAGCUCAGCGGAUGUUACACCUCACAGCGGAGCCAAGGAUGUGGGUCUUGCAGCGACGAGUCAGGCUGAUGACGAUGAAGGGGAUUAUCCUGGUGCUGCUGACCCUGAUGCCCUGGCGGCAGGUGCCAAGGCUUCGGCAUCUAGCUCUACAAAGGCCGCAUCUGAUCAGGCUGAAAAGGGCGCAAGCACCGUUUCUAGUAAUGCUUCCAAGGGGUCAUCUGCCACAGCGGGUGCUGAUGUUGCGAAACCGACCACCUCCGGACCUUCUGCGUCCAGCAGCAAGGCCGAAAGCCACUCGAAGAAACCAGCGACAUCCUCACCCACCAAAGCCGCCAACGGCACGGCACAUAGCGCUAGCGGCAAGACCACGCCCAGCAAGGAAACAUCCAGCAGCAAGGAAACAUCUAGCAGCAAGGACACGUCCAGCAAGCCCACCAACUCCGACUCUUCUCAUUCCUCAUCCAAGACCUCAUCGGCUUCUACUGCAGACACCGUUGCUGCCGAUGGAGACUCCGCCGAUGCUAAGGAUGUUGCUGCUGACUCAGCUGCCACGUCUACGGCUCCUUCCAAGUCAAAGUCCAGCACUACCAGUACGACAGCCACGUCUUCAUCCUCCUCUGGCAGCCCUAGUCCCUCUUCGGGCAGCCCUAGCCCCUCUACUGCCGCUAGUCAUCACAGCGCUGCCGGCACUGCCUCUGCCACUAACACAGACGCUGAUGCUGGUGCUGAGGAAUCCGGCGGCUCCACCGCUGCCAGGACAGGCGCUGCCACUCCUGCAACCCCCUCCAGUGGAAGUGGCUCCACCGCCAGCAGUGGCAGCGGCGCCGCCAGCGCUGCCGCUACCGCCGCGGAUGGAGACUCGGAUGAUGUGACCACCGUCACCGGGGCUGCCACUCCUGCCAAAGCAACCGGCAGCAGCAACGGGGCUGACAGCACUGCUGACAGCACAGCCGCCACGGAUGGCGCCACUGACAGCACUGCUACCGUCGCCACCCCAUCUGCCAGCGAAACUGAGACGGCGGCCGCCAAGGGUUCUGAGGGCACGGAGGCAUCCAGCAAGAGCGCCACAGGGGCCCAAGGGAGCGAUGGCAGUAGCGCUGCUGGUGCCUCCGACGGCGGUGCUGAUGCUGAUGUUGCUGGUGCUACUGCCGCCGCGGAGAAAGCAGCCACCGCAACCACCGGCAGUGGUGUAGGAAGUACCAAGGGUGCUUCCGUCAGCGGCUCUGAUAGCAGCAGCAGCAGUAGCAGUGACAACGGAGAUGAUGCGACAACUACCACAGCAUCUAGCGGCGCCGCGACCGCCCCUGACGACACUGCAGCGGGCGCAGCUGACGUCACCGCUGCCGGUACGAAGACUGCGACAGCCACGGAGGGUGCUGCUUCCGCCGCUGACGAUGCCGCAACGGCUGUCUCGGGUAGUGACAGCACCACUGCUGUCGGCUCCUCAGCGGCUGCCGCCGGCGGUUCAUCUACUAAGAGUGGCAGCAGCGGCAACAGCAGCAGCAGCCGCACUUCCACCGCUAAGGACGAGUCUGAUAUUGUUCAUGUCACUGCCAGCGACGGUGCUGCUACCGACUCUACCAAGAGCAGCAGUGGCAGCAGCAGUGGUAGCACCGUAGUUGCUGGCGAUGCUAAGGCCGAGAGCGCUCCUGCCGCAGCUGCAGCCGGCAAGGACAGCGACACCAGCAGCACCGGCGCUGCUGCCUCGAAUGGCACGGCCUCCACCGCUGCUGGCGACACGAAAGCCACCACAGCCUCCGAAGGGGCCUCCUCAGAUGGGGCCGUAGCCGGCUCCGGUGCACCCGCCGCUGCUGCUGCUUCCAACAGCACCUCGUCAACAGCCCCCGCCGACGACGACGAUGACGCCGCUGCUGCUGCGGCUCCCGCCGGCGCUGCGGCAGCGGCCACCAACGGCACCUCUGCUGCCGCCGCUGCAGAGGCCGCUGGUGCGGCUGCUGCUGCUGCUGUCAAUGCCACAUCAGCCGCCUCCGCCGCCAACACCACCACCGCCGCUGCUGCCGCCGGCGCCAGCAACGCAACGGAGAUCCCUGAAGACGGGGCUGCAGCUACCGCUACCCUUAACAGCACCACUGCUUCUACACUUAACAGCACUGCCGCUUCUACCCUCAACAGCACGGCGGAUACGGCUGGGGCUGCGGCCGGCAAUGGGACGCAUAGCACCGCCGCUUCUACCUUGAACGCCACCCUGGCCGCUGACGCCAGCAGCGCUGCAGCCGGCAAUGGUACGGCAGAGGAGGCGUCGCCGUCGCCAAGCUCUUCAAAGUCUUCCACCGGCGCCUCUUCCUCUUCCAGUGACGCUGCUACAGCUGCUGGCGACAGCACCGGUAGCACCAGCAACAGCACCACCGCCGCUGUAACCUCCAACGCCACUGUUAGCAGCAGCGGCAACAGCACCAGCAGUAACAGCACGGACAGCAGCAACAGCAAGAGCACUACUGCCGCUGGCCCCAGCACUACCAAUGCCACAACGCUAACCACCACCGGUACGAAUGCAACCGCGACUCCUGCAAACGGUACGACAGUUGCUGCUGCGGGUGCGAAUGGUACGACGAUUGUUUCGGGUAGUACGGCCAACACCACGGCGGUUAACACCUCUACUAGCAGCAGCAACAGCAGCAGCAGCAGCGGAGCUUCAUCCAGUGGCGCCCCCACCUCUACCUCUCCUUCAUCCUCUUCCUCUUCUUCUCAGACGGGAGGCGCAUCAUCAUCGUCGUACGACAGUAUUGGAUUCGGAACCAGCGGUUUCGGAAAAGGCAGUACUACAGGCAGCAGCAGCGGCACAGGCGGCGGCGGAUUCACUGAUGCCAGCAGCAGCACUAGCAGCGGUAGCGGCAGCGGUAGUGGCAGCGGUAGUGGCAGCGGUAUUGCUACAUCCAGCGGUGUCAUCGGCGUCUCUCCCCAGUACGCUAACGUAGAGGAUGCUGAGCGGGCGGAGAUGACCGGCGGGAUCGGCAGUGGCGGUGGCGGUGGCGGUGGGGGCUUCUUCAGCGGCCUUCAGGACUGGAUGCGGCCGCACAAGAAGAAGCGGCACCACCACACACGUCCGGGGAGCUCCCUCGGUUCCGCUGACUCUGCUCCAUCCUCCACCUCUACCUCCUCUGCCUCCUCCUCCACCAUCACCGGCGGGGGCUGGUCCUCCUCCUCCUCCUCCGCUGCCGCCGCUGGUGGCGCCGCGGCGGACUCCACCGCCCCGACCUCAGUGAAGAACGCGUUCACGCACCGGGAUGUGGGUGGCGCAGGGGUUGGCGGCAGCAGCAGCAGCGGCAGCGGCGGAAGCAGCGGCGGAAGCAGCACCACAGAGGGUCUGGAUGUACCGAAGAGCUUGGGACUGGAGGGAAGCAGCCUUUCCUCCACCUUGCAAACCGCGGCAGGCUCUUCCUCGUCCUCAUCGUCGCCCUCGUUUUCAUCUGCGACUGCUCCCUCGGGGUCUCAGGCGGCUCUGGCGUCAUUGGGCGGUGCUGCCGGGGGACAACAGCAGCAGCAGCAGGCGGUCACUGCCGGUGUGGGAGCUGGUGGGGAGGCGACGGCGCAGGCUGCAGCUGGCGGGGGCGGCAGCAGCGGAAGUGUGUUUGAGAGCCUGGUGUCGCCGUCAUUCCUGGGGCCCAUGAUUGGCGUGAGUGUUGCGGCGGUGGGGGUGGUGGCGGUGGUGAUGUCAGCUCGGCACUUCAUGGGGGUCAUGAGCAGCCGGCGACAGGUGCCCAUUACCAGCAUGAGCCUCUACGCCAACAGACCCGCCUCCACUCCAGCUCGCUCCUCCUCCACAUCCGCCCCGAAGAAGUCCGUUACCCCCGUCAGUUGGGACAACAACGCCAACUGGGAUGAUGACGAAGAGGACGGCGGUGCAGGCGGCGGCGGUGGCGGCAAUAACGGUGACGGUUGGGAUAACGACUCGACUUCCUGGGAGGACGUGGAGGGGGGUGUGAAGGGUCGCGGGGGAGGUCGAGCGGUUAGUGCUAGCCCGGCACCCGCACCCGGGUCGAGGAAGCCCGCGAAGAGCUUUCUGGACGAUUGGUAAGGUAACUAUAGGAGGAGCAGGAAGAGGAGUUACCGGUAAAUAGAAGAGGAGAAAGACGGAGAGGUAAGGCACCGGUCACCGGUUUAGAGUAUUUUACGUGAGCGAACGCAUGCCAGGGCUAGGACGUACGUGUGGGGUAGAGCAGCCGUAUGAGUGGCACGGAAGGGCAAGAGGGUUACCGGUGGUUACCCGUUGGGUGUGAAGCGGACGUAGCGGGAUCAUUUAGCUGAAGCCUUUAGCGGGCCGUACAAAGCUCUAGGCCCCUGGAAGGGGGUCUAGAUGAGGCCUUUGGAAGGGGGUUUAGGUGCGGAGAUAGCAGUAGAGAGGAGACGGAGCAGGAUGGGCGAGUACCCCUGGUGAAGUGGCGGAUGUUGGGGAGACGGCUUGCGAUAUGCAGGGGCCAUCGGCUUAGUCCAUGUUUGCGCAUGCCGUACAUUCAUACACGCGCAUCCCAAGCGGCAUACUUUGCGGGGGGGCGCGUGCUUUGAUUGGAGCUUGUUUUGACAAAGCGUUGGAGCUUGUUUGACCAACAACUAGGACCGUCUUUCCAUCUGCUUUUGUGUUCGUUCGGUACCGCAACCGCCCAUUGUUGGGGUUACCCGUAACCCAUGAUAGGGGCAAUGCGCCCCCUGCGAGUCGGAUGGACCCUGGAUCUCCCCUUUGCUGGAUCCUAGCGCAAACUGAAAUUGCAUUUGACAAAGCGGUAUGUGAGCGCAGAUAGAACUGAUUAUUUGCGGUCUUUGGCACGUAUCGGUAUGCGUGUAUGGCUCUCGUUGGAGUAGUGGCGUGUCAAAUGUGUGGUCAGUCGAGGGGAUGAGCCACUCUCCCUUCCUCGCUGCGUUAUGUUUGUCAGGAUUCGCUCGUGAUCACCCGAAUCGCUAUUAACAUCGACAUCCGUACGUUAUGCAGUAGUGUGUGCUGUGGUGAGUGGUUGGGAUGGCACAACUUUUACUGCGCAACUCCUCUUGCUGUUGGAUGAGAAUUUCUAUGCCCAUGGUCGUGUAAAGCGAGAAAUAAAUAUUAGGUGAAGGGUACUUAAAUGGGACUAGCAACACAACAAUUGUCGUUAAACCAAAGCGGCUUAGCGUUUAUGUUACAGGGCACGGGGCUAACAUCCAUUUGGUGGUAUCCAAAGACCUGCAGGGGCCUGUUACCAGUGCUUAUUACCACGACCAUCUUAGUAACGACCUUACCGUAACCCCCGACUUCCAUCUUAUUACGUUGUUUAGGAAUACAGGUGUGCAGCACAAAUACACACAGCACACCUCUCCCGCCGCUCAAUUGAAUUGUUUUUGGAUUCAAGCGCCGUCCAACCAACGUCACGAAGGGGGCAAGGGUAGAUAACCCACAUCUUUCGUGUUCAGCAUCUGAACUCCUCCCACUGACGUUUGCCAACACCAAAGCCAUAGCAACGCUGAACUGCCUCCCCAGAGCUCUCUUUCGCGCCAGUGCCGUCAAACAAGACCCCAACCCACCAUUACUCCUUAUCAAAGCAUGCUUAUGAGAUAUACAACGGACGCGCAUUUCAAGGGAAACGAGCGGAUUCGUACUUUUGGAGAGCGACCUGAGUACGACACAAAGCAGGACUCCAUGCGUCAAGAGAUAAAACCUAGUACGUCUACAUACAUUCAGCAGCCCUCUUAACACGCGCAACAUAGUAAAUUCUCUUCUCUUACACUCUGAUCUGCAACUAAAAGCUGUACACAACUCCC